UCACGGCACGAACACGUGACAACAAAUUCUGAGGCAAUAUAGCCAUUGAUUUUUCCGUGUAAUCUGUUAGAUAUUCUUUUCUUGCUUUAGGGCGACAAUAUGAACGUUUUCUGGAGACAUGUCUCAUAAACUGUCGAAACGACGUGGUGCUCAGAUUUUUGAUUGAUGUUGAAAAUUGAAAGCUUUCUGAUGAAAAACAUCCGGAUAUUGUGAACUAGGAAGAAGUGCAACGCGCAAAAUCGACGCUCGUGAUGGCCUGAAUAGCUCGACGCUCGAAUUCGACUGUUAGUUUGAUGGAAUAUCCACUAUGGAUCGAACCCUUCCAAUGUUGUAAGUCUAAAAGGUUAUGCGUGUCGUAUUCGUCUGAAGUCAUACAAUCUUUCGGUCAUCGGACCCAAUCCUAUUUAAGCUUGAAUAGUGAACAAGAAUGGAAAUUAUGCAUACCUGGAUAUUAAUUAUUCUGUUGUUGUCAGUCGUAAAAGGAGGAAAGGCAGAUUGCCCCAAAAUUCCAGAAGGGAUAAACACUUCUAGUUCUGUUCAGGAUCCCGUCCGUUUCGAAUUAGAAAUAUCUGGAAAUCCCGAUACAUACGUUGCUGGGGAGCAAUAUACUGUGUAUAUACGAAGCAAAACCUCCAACCAAGAGGAUGGAUAUAAAUUCAUUAAGUUUGUUUUAUACAUCGAAAACUCCACUAGUGCAAAUGGUGAUGCAAACUCCAAAGUUGGAUUUUUACAGUUGUAUGGUGAUUCUUUGACAACGAUGUCUGAUGAUUGUCCCAAUAUGGUUGUGCAAACAGAUAUUCAGCCUAAAUCAGAAGUGCAGGUUCUUUGGGUGGCACCCACGACAAAGACAGGAUGCAUUUUCUUCAAGGCUAUAGUAGUGGAAACACCUCAAUUAUGGUACAAUGAUCAGGGCCCCUUGACAAAGAUGCUUUGUGGUGAAGUGGAGGAUGAAGGAGAUACCCAACCCAAUAUAUUACGACAUUGUUGCGCAUGCGACGAGGCAAAAUAUGAGGUCACUUUCGAAGGACUGUGGUCAAGAAAUACUCACCCCAAGGAUUUUCCACCGAACGGAUGACUAACACGAUUCAGUGAUAUAAUAGGAGCGUCCCAUACUGUUAAUUAUACGUUUUGGAGAUAUGGCGACGUUGCCAGCGAGGGACUUAGGCAACUGGCUGAAAAUGGAAAUACCAGGAUGCUGGAGAGCGAGCUGAAGGCGAAGAGUGAUCAUAUCCGGACCAUUAUUAAGGCCAGAGGUAUAAGCUAUCCCAACAUAACAGGAAAAACAUUCGCGGUGUUUAGAGUCGACAAUCGUCAUCAUCUUAUGUCCAUCGUUUCGAUGAUAGAUCCAUCGCCUGAUUGGAUUGUGGGAAUUUCCAGCAUGGAGCUUUGCCUGCGCAAUUGCUCUUGGAUAGAAUCGAGAGUUGUGAAUCUGUACCCUUGGGAUGUUGGAACUGAUGAUGGGACAACUUAUAUUUCUCCCAACCAGCCUUCCGUUCCAAGACAACGAAUCAAACGGAUACGGCAGAAUGGUCAGAAUGAUCCACGAUCGCCUUUUUAUGACACCAUGGGUAAUCGAAUGAAACCUUUUGCUAGACUUUAUUUAAGCAGGCAAAGACUGUAUGAAAAAGCCUGUGAUACUACCAUUAUAGAUGAAUCAGAAGACGAGGUCAAUAACUGCGAAACAGAGCCUUGGACUAACUGGUCUCCUUGUUCAGUCACAUGCGGAAGAGGUGUUAAAUAUAAGCAGAGGCGUUACAAGCAUGAAGAAAGUAAGUACACUUGUCACAAGAAGCUAACUGAGAGAGCAGUUUGUGAGGCGGUUCGUAAAUACUGUCCUCACAAACCUAUUUACAAAGAAGAAAAUCCUUUGUGCGAGCUGGGUCCUUGGGGAGAAUGGUCAAGCUGUAGCGUUACGUGCGGCAAAGGGGUAAAGACGAGGUCAAGAAGGUAUAAGAGUAGAUAUGCUACCAAAAUGUGCAUGUCUGGAAAGACCAAGCUACCAAAGAUGGAACAAAAUAUGGAGUGUUAUGAAGAAGGAAAAUGCGAUGAAGAUGACAUGGAUUUGGCAGACCUAAAAUGCCCAAAUGAUAUUUGGAGUGAUUGGUCUCCCUGUUCAGUGACAUGCGGCAGGGGUAUUAAAGUCAGAUACAGGCUAUCCAUCGAUGGUAACCGAAAUGAUCCAUUGAGAUGGCCACUUCAAUUAAGUUCAGUGAAUAUUUGGAGUCAGAGAGAAGAAAUGUAUGACGAUGAUCCUUGCAAUAAUCUACCCAAUAAAGAAACAGUUGAAUGUAACGAAAACCUUUGUCCGGAAGGUUCAGAUCUCAUCGAAAAUCCCGCAAUAUGCAGUCUUCCUAAAGAUGUUGGUCUUUGUAAGAGUAAAAUCGACCGAUGGUAUUUCGACACCACGAAAGGAAAUUGUGAAAUAUUUAGCUAUAGUGGCUGUGAAGGAAACAUGAAUAACUUCAAAACAUUGGAAAGAUGCCAAAGUUUAUGUCUCACUGGAUUUCAGAAAGAGCUUCAUUCGAUCCAGAACAGGCCAAUGCUUGUUUCGGAAACUACGACUAAUACAUAUCCUGUUAACAUACAAAGUGAUGGAAUGAGAGGAGUAUCGAUAGUAGAAAACAACAAUCGAACAAUGGUUCACUGUUCUGUUUCUGAUUGGACGAAGUGGAGUCCUUGUUAUAUCUCCGAAUCCUCAUGUGGACAUGGAUUCAAAUAUAAGCUCAGACAUAUAGAGAUUCUCCCAAACAACGGUGGCAACUCUUGUCCAUCAAGGUUGAUCAGAAGAAGAGACUGUUACAUCUCCUGCAUCAGAACAGAUUACGAUGAAUACUCUAAGAAGAACAUAAUAAAGUACGACAAUAAGACAUGUCUCAUGACAGAAUGGAGUCCGUGGACACACUGUCCAAAAUUGUGCCAGCCAGAAUUUUUUCAAAUGAGGUAUAAAUAUGUGCUGGUUGAAUCAAACGACGGAAGCUCCUGUGAAGAUCUUGUAGAGAGAAGACUCUGUGAAUGCAGUUUCAACUAACUGACGAAAGUGUUUGUUGGAAAUAUUAUACAUGAUGAGUGUAAGCUACUUAAUUUGGUAUUGACUCAUCAUCAGCAGCGCAAUGAAAUAUUGUGUUAAAUGAAUAUACCAUUUCAUUUAGUGUAUCUUAAAACAAGAACCUAUGGUUCGUGUAAAUAUUUAAUAUAUUUCUUAUAUUGGA